UCCAAUUGGGCAGCAGCCACAUCUGGGUCACAUUCAUCACUGAACCAUUGAUUGUAGUCUCCCCAUGGCACCCACCUCAGUUGAUUGUUUAGAUUCCCAAAGUGACAUCACGGUUUACGGCGUUCUGGCUGACGCCCUGUUGGACUUUACCCCCGUAUCUGUUAUCUGGCUCUGGAAUACCAUGACUGGUCGCUCACGUGGCCCAUUCAGUCCCCGGCACGAGUUCGUGACAGACGCACACUGUUUUCGUAGCCCGGUCUCUGCCGUUAUCGAUCGCCUAUAUUUCACCUAUCUCGACUCGUCAUCGCCUCCAUUCUAUAAGUAUUUUUUUCAGUUCAUCAUUUCUUCCCUUUCUACUAAAAAAAAUCUCGUUCUCGAUCCACCCCAGUCACCCAACUAUGCUGCUCCGCCAUUUGUCCCGUCGUGCUCGCGUGUUCCCGGCGCCUGCUCGCGCCGCGGCGUGCCUCCGUCCGGGUGCCACCUCACCGCGUCCGCUGUGCUCCUCCAGCGCGCGCCACCAGUCCGGCAUGGCCACGUUCGGCCGCUACACGCACGCCAUCGUGUGCCGCGUGCCCAACGCGUUCAAGGAGGCGGUGGGCCUGUCGGCGCCGGUGAACCUGGACGAGGCGCGCCGCCAGCACGAGGCGUACGUGCGCUCGCUGCGCCAGCUGGACGUCGACGUCAUCGAGCUGCCCGCAGACGAGAAGCACCCCGACUGCGUGUUCGUGGAGGAUUGUGCGGUCGUCUGCAACGGCAUAGCGCUGCUCUGCCGGCCCGGCCACGCCAGCCGCCGCGGCGAGGUGGAUGCGAUCCGGGCCGUUAUUAAGAAGGAGCUCGAGCUGCCCAUAGUGGAGGUGCUCGACCCGAAGGCCACGCUGGACGGAGGGGACGUGCUGUUCACAGGCCGGGAGUUCUUUGUCGGCCUGUCGGGGCGCACCAACGAGGCGGGCGCGGCGGCCGUGGCGGCCGCGUUUCCCGAGUUUUCGUGCACGCCGAUCCGCGUGCCGGCGGGCACUCUGCACCUCAAGACGCUGGUCACCAUGGCCGGACCAGAUAUCCUGGCCGUGUCGGAACUGGACGACGCCCAGACCGUGCUCAAGAGGAUCGAGCGCGAGGCGACGUUCCGCUACCAGACGCUGACCGUGCGGGAGCCGGCCGCCGCCAACUGCGUGCUCGUCAACGGCACUCUCAUCCAUCGGGCACGCUCCGAGUGCCCCGAGAGCUGCGACGUAUUUGAGGACCGGCUCAGCACCAACCUGCACCCGGUGUGUAUCAGUGAGCUGGCCAAGGCCGACGCGGGCCUCACCUGCUGCUCGAUACUCGUCCGCAAGUCCAAGCGGCCGCAGCUGUGAGCCGCCGCCGGGGCUGCCACCUGCCGGCCGGCGCGCAAGCUGCAGUCCCCGUGCGCCCCGCGCGGCGGCGACCGCGGCCGGAGGGACAGUUUCUCAGCCUGUCGGCGGCAGCUCUGUGAGCAGGGCGGCGCCGAUCGUACAUCAGGACAGGUGUCCGCCGCUUCGGUACACUCUGAAGUCUGCCUGUAUUUAGCAUUUAGCUUGCUCGCGAGUGGCCUGCUUUAUUUUCAUCGGAGAGGACGGCGAAGUUUCGAUCUAGUCAAGGUCGUGUGAUAAUUCUGCAGCAGUAUCGGUGUCGGACCAACUCAGUUUGCUCUGCCAGUGUGGUGAACCGUUCCGUUUCAGUGAUCUUUCCCGUGCUGCUAUCGGGACCCGAACUGAAGGUCGUUGUCCCUGUCUGUGCGUGGGCAGCUUCCGCCCGUGGCGGCUCGCGAUGACCACCGCCCGCUAAGCUCUCUAUCGCGCGUAUGCACGCUGGCGUGAACCGCGCCAUACUGCCCCGGCACUGCCGUGUGAUCGUGUUCAGGCGCGUUUGUGAGCAGCUGUCCGUGCUGAAAGCCCGAGCGGUCGGCGCGUCGAAUCUCAUUCCAGCGCAAACUGUGCGCUUGUGUCUGUGUGCGCUUCGAUCGCAUGUUCUGUUUUUGUAUUGCCACAAUUUAAUAUGUUCGAUACGCAGCUUGACCAAGUCUUAUGAAUAUAGCUUCACAUACAAUGUAUUUGGUUAAAUACAGGCUUCGUUGUAUUUUAUAA